AUGUCAUAAAGUGAUGAGAAUGAUUAAUUCCAACAAAUAUUAAAUUCAUUGGAGAUAAACAAACGAAAAAUGAGCAUUUCUGUGCAUCAGUCCAAACUUUUGGAGGAAUCAAAAAAAUAAUAGAGCAGAAGAUUUACUAUGGAGCUACCUAAAAAUAUAGAGGCAUCCCAAUCUCAAAAAGAAAGAAUCAUCACCAAUCAUCUUUUGAAAGAUUUGGCCCCCUUAGAUAAAUAAAAUGAUGAAAAUCUGAAAACUCCUAAAGUCCCAUCAUCAAGCAAAUUAAAACUCAAUAAAAAAGGAAUUUUAUUAUUAGGAUAAAAGCAUAAUAAGGACUUGAGUUUCUAUUUAAAAACUAUGGAAGCUUUGGAUUUUUAAGAAUUGUAGUAAUCUAAUGAAUUGCUAAUAUAAAAUGCUCUUUGUGCUGGUAAGUAUGUAAAUGAUUAUGGACUAUUUUGUGUCUUAAAAGAAGCCUUAAAUAAAAAGAAUAUCAAGACAAUUAUUCAAUUAGAUUGUAUACUUGAUGAAGAUGGAAAUUUCGCUGACAUUCCAAAAAAUACCAAAAACUUAAGAAAAACUUUGGGGCUAUAGGAUUUGCAUUAUUGCAGUGGGAAGAUCUCCUUGUUAAAAUUUCACAUCAAUACUAGAUUUAAUUUGACUAAUUAUUUAUUUUGGUCAAAUGAGCUAGAGAGAAUGGAGGGGAUUAUAAAGGAAAAUCUAAUUAAUUAGGAUUAACAAAUAUUAAUGAUGAGAAUAGAAGAAACAUAUCUAGAAUUCACUAUUCCUGAAUUCGAUGAUAAUCAAUCGCCAUAAUUCUUAUCGAAAUUGAAGUAAUAAAAUUUAGAUGUUUAAGUCUUACCAUUAAUUACUCAUUUCACAUUUAGAUUGUCAGACUUAAAUCCAUGGAUGAAUAAGGAAAUAAAUAAAGAAUGGAAAUUGUUUUCCCUUUAAAAUGAUCAGUAAUAAUGUAUCGGUUAUAUCGAUAUGAAUUAGCCUACCAUCUUUAAUGAAAUUCCGAGUCCAAAAACUCUAUCAAUCAAACUUUAUGGCGAAAUUCAUUACUAUUAACUAGUCUUGUAAAUGAGUGAAAAACAAGUAAUGGGAAUCCUACUCAGAGACAAAGCCUGA